CCUUCCUCUCGUGUUGAAAUUUGAAGAAUGGCCACCUAUCAAGGUGGUGGUAGCAGUUACAGAAAUGGCAGUCACAGUCACAGAAGCUCUCUCAAGGACAAGGUGGAUAGUCACACUCAGAGGACUCUCUCUCUGAAGCCACAUCUCAAGUCCAAACCUAACCAACGUCGGAAUAGCACCGACACCGCCGUUCCUGGAAGAGUUAGGGUAGCUGUUAGAUUGCGGCCCCGAAAUGCAGAGGAAUCAGUGGCAGAUGCUGAUUUUGCUGACUGUGUGGAACUACAACCAGAGCUCAAAAGGUUAAAACUUCGGAAGAACAAUUGGGACGCAGAUACUUAUGAAUUUGAUGAGGUGCUCACUGAAUUUGCAUCACAAAAACGUGUUUAUGAAGUUGUGGCCAGACCUGUUGUGGAGAGUGUACUGGAUGGCUACAAUGGGACAAUUAUGGCUUAUGGGCAGACUGGUACUGGUAAAACUUAUACUCUUGGACGACUUGGGGAGGAAGACACAGCUGCACGUGGAAUAAUGGUGCGAGCUAUGGAGGAUAUUUUUGCAGAUGUUUCUUUAGAAACUGAUUCAGUCUCAGUCUCUUAUUUGCAGCUUUAUAUGGAGACUAUACAAGAUCUUCUUGACCCCACCAAUGAUAACAUAACCAUUGUAGAAGAUCCCAAAACUGGUGAUGUUUCACUACCUGGAGCAAGCCUAGUUGAGAUUAGGGACCAGCAGAGUUUUGUGGAACUACUAAGAUUAGGAGAGGCUCACCGGUUUGCUGCGAAUACAAAACUGAAUACAGAAUCUUCUCGAAGCCAUGCCAUUCUGAUGGUGCAUGUAAAGAGAUCCAUCAAGGGAAGAGAUGCUGCUCUUUCAAGUGAAAAUGGCAAUCAUCCACACAUGGUGAAAUUAUUAAAGCCACCUGUUGUUCGGAAAGGCAAAUUGGUUGUUGUAGAUCUUGCUGGUUCAGAGAGAAUUGAUAAGUCAGGAAGUGAAGGACAUACGUUAGAGGAAGCCAAAUCUAUCAAUCUGUCCUUGAGUGCAUUGGGGAAGUGCAUUAAUGCACUUGCAGAGAAUAGUGCGCAUGUGCCAUUUCGUGACUCAAAGCUUACUAGACUAUUACGUGAUUCGUUUGGAGGUACAGCAAGAACUUCACUGGUCAUUACUAUUGGACCGUCUCCAAGGCACAGGGGUGAGACUGCCAGUACUAUAAUGUUUGGACAGAGAGCUAUGAAGGUGGAAAACAUGGUAAAGUUGAAGGAAGAAUUUGAUUACAAAAGCUUAUCUAGGAGGCUGGACGUAGAAUUAGAUAAACUCAUUAUGGAACAUGAAAGGCAGCAGAAGGCAUUUGAGGAUGAGAUUGAAAGGUUAGACACAGAAGCACAACAUCGGAUAUCUGAAGCUGAAAGAAACUAUGUAGAUUCAUUGGAGAAAGAAAGAUCAAAAUAUCAAAAAGACUACAUGGAAUCAAUUAAGAAGCUUGAAGAGCAGUUGGUGAUGAAUCAACGAAAGAAUGAGGACCCUUAUAUGAAAUCGAGUGGAGAGGUAGAAGUUUUUAUGAAACUAUAUUGUCUUAAGCUAAUUACAAAAGGUGAAAUUGCUAAGAAUAGCAGAGUUGUAUCUGCUGAGGAAUUGGCAGAUUUGAAAAAAAUGCUUCAGAAAGAGACUCUUUUAAGAAAAGCGGCUGAAGGGGAAGUAAAUAAUCUUAAGAUUCAAGUGACUGAACUGAAAAAGUCAGAGGCAUCAGGAAAGUCGGAGAUCUUAAAACUUCAUAAGAUGUUGGAAGAUGAGGCACAACAGAAAGAGAAACUUGAAGGAGAAAUAGCAAUAUUACAAAGUCAGUUGUUGCAGUUAAGUCUUCAAACUGACGAGACAAGAAGACAACUUGACAGAGAUGGAUUUGAAAAAGAAGUGGAUGGUCUUGAUUCUCUUACUUCCCAAGUUAAGCAUCAGCAGCAAGCUUCAGGAAAUGGAGAGAAGCCCUCAAUAGCCAAGCUCUUUGAGCAAGUGGGAUUGCAGAAGAUUUUGUCAUUGCUUGAAGCAGAAGAUGCUGAUGUGCGAGUCCAUGCUGUGAAAGUUGUAGCAAAUCUAGCUGCUGAAGAAACAAAUCAGGGGAAGAUUGUACAAGCAGGCGGACUCACAUCCUUGCUUACACUGCUUAAGAGCUCACAAGAUGAAACCAUACAUAGAGUUGCAGCAGGUGCUAUUGCAAACUUGGCAAUGAAUGAAACCAACCAAGAACUCAUUAUGGCCCAAGGGGGCAUUAGUUUGCUGUCAAUGACUGCAGCCAAUGCUGAAGAUCCUCAAACCCUUCGAAUGGUUGCUGGAGCCAUUGCUAAUCUUUGUGGCAAUGAUAAGCUACAAAUAAAACUAAGGAGCGAAGGUGGUAUCAAGGCACUGUUGGGAAUGGUCAGAUGCAAACAUCCUGAUGUACAUGCACAGGUUGCUCGUGGAAUAGCAAACUUUGCGAAGUGUGAGUCAAGAGCAUCUAGUCAAGGGACAAAGAGUGGAAGAUCUUUCCUAAUUGAAGAUGGUGCCCUUCCAUGGAUUGUGCAAAAUGCAAAUAACGAAGCCUCAUCAGUUAGGCGUCAUAUUGAGCUUGCACUCUGUCACUUAGCACAACAUGAAGUAAAUGCAAGAGACAUGAUUAGUGGGGGUGCACUAUGGGAGCUAGUUCGUAUCUCGCGAGAUUGUUCACGAGAAGAUAUAAAGACUCUUGCCCAUCGAACGCUAGUCUCCAGCCCAACUUUCCAAGCUGAAAUGAGACGUUUGCGGGUAAAUUACUGAAGGAUUCUGCAGAAUAAACUAAAGUGGGCUAAAAGAUCUGAAGAUAAAUGAUACCUUUUAAGUAUUUUGGAUGUAUUACUCUUUUUAAGUUAUCAAGCAGGAAGGCUAUAUUUAGUGUUCUAGCUGAAAUUCUAAAGGAGGUCCUUUUAUGUGGUUGUCUUAAUCAAGUUAAGUCAAUCUGGUGUCUCUGGUCCGCUUGCUAGUGUCUAGCUUCUGGGGGUGUAAAUUGAUUUGUAUAUGAAAUAGUGGAAGGGUAGUGACAUUUUUGAGUUUGUUCCAUGAAAUAGCUUGUCGCUAUUCAU